AUGCCCUUUGGGCUGAAGAAUGCUGGUGCAACCUACCAAAGGCUGGUGAACAAAAUUUUCAAGGAGCAAAUCGGCAAGACUAUGAAGGUCUACGUAGACGACAUGCUAGUCAAAGCUCCCGAACGAGCAGACCACAUCAAGGCAUUCAGCCUACUCCGAAAGUACAACAUGAAGUUGAACCCGAGCAAAUGCACAUUUGGAGUCUCAUCCGACCGAUUCCUUGGAUACUUAGUCACCCAAAGAGGAAUUGAGGCACAUCCAAAUCAAAUCAAGGCUAUACUCAACAUGAAGCCAUUUUUCAAAGCCUUGAAGAAUGGACACAAAGACAAGUGGGAUGACGAGUGUGAAGUAGCUUUUCAAAACUUGAAAACUUACCUCACUUCACCUCUAUUGCUCUCAAAGCCGAUACCAGGCGAAGACUUGUACAUCUACCUAGCGGUGUCCGACUCAGCUGUCAGCUCAGCUCUCAUCCGAGAAGAGCUGGGGGCACAACAUCCGAUAUACUACACUUCAAAAGCUCUCCUCGAUGCAGAGACUCGCUAUCCGAAAAUGGAGAAGCUCAUUUUUUCGCUUGUGGUUUCUGCGAGAAAGUUAAGGCCCUACUAUCAAGCACACCGGAUAAUUGUCAUAACAGAAUUUGCUUUGAGAUCGAUCCUUCACAGCCCCGACGCUUCUCAGCGACUCAUGAAAUGGGCUAUCGAACUCAGUCAAUACGACCUCCUUUACCAGCCGAAGACUGCUAUAAAUGCCCAAGCUUUAGCAGAUGAUCACGAAAAGCAAGGAAAAAGCGGACGACACCUCCCCCACCGAUUCGAACCUACCUAA